AUGAAACUGGACUGGAGCGAAAAUUCUGAUAAAGAGACUAGAAAAGAAGAUUUGAGAUCAAAACAUGUUAGAUCUAACAAUGAGUCUACCGUGUUUGAUAAAAUCCCGAGUUUCCAAGAAAAUGUUCAAUUGAGAACUUUCUCGAAUGAAAUAUUAUCUUCCAAAGCCAUCAUUUUGAAUAACCAUAAUGUGAUUACAAAGUUUGUUGCUUCAGCAAUGGAUUUUACCGUUCAACCAGAAUUAUGUUAUGACAAAAAUAAUAAAGUAUUAAUUUCUAAAAUGGUCAAAGCCUAUAUUGAACGCUGUCGGUUCGAAUUAUUACCGAUGCAUGACGAGGUUCUUCAUGAUUUUAAG